AUGGGGAAAAAGAAGGAAGCGAAGCCUAGAAAGUUGAAUCGCAAAGAUCAGAGCUUGAAGAGACUCGAAAACUUCAAAAAGGAAAUCGUCACCGAUCAUCAUACUGUUCCAAUAGACGUGCUAUGCUCGAGAUUGGAAACGGAUAUUGAGCGUGGAUUGAGUCAAUAUAAAGCGAGGCAGCUGUUUAUGGAAACAGGUCCAAACGCUUUGACGCCUUCUCGUAAAACUCCCGAAUAUAUUAAAUUCAUUAAAACAAUUACUGAAGGGUUUUCCUUGUUGUUGUGGAUUGGAGCUUCCCUGUGCAUCAUAGCAGCAGUCAUCGAAUACGUUUAUAGGAAGAAAGUGGAUACUGAUAAUUUGCUUUUAGCUGCGGUAUUGGUUUUGAUAAUCAUAAUGACUGGUAUAUUCAUGUACUAUCAACAAAACAAAAGCUCGAAGAUUAUGGAUUCGUUUGCAACAAUGAUUCCCCAGAAAGCGGAAGUUAUUCGGGAUGGUCAGCAAAUUACGGUUAAUGUUAAAGAUUUGGUUGUCGGAGACUUGGUGGAUAUGAAAUUUGGGGAUAGGAUACCUGCUGACGUUCGGAUAACGAAGAGCCAAGGUUUUAAGGUGGAUAAUUCCUCGAUUACAGGCGAAAAUGAACCUUUGUUGCGCACAAAUCAAUGCACCAAUGAAAAUAUUUUGGAGACGAGGAACGUAGCUUUCUUUUCUACUAAUGCCGUCGAGGGUACUGCUCAAGGUAUUGUUAUAAUGUGCGGGGAUCACACGGUGAUGGGGAAAAUAGCUGGUUUAACAGCAAGGCUUCAUCCAAGUAUCACACCUCUAGCAAGAGAACUGAACAGAUUCAUGACGAUAAUAACGUUUUGGGCUGUAAUCUUGGGAAUCAUCUUUGGCGUGGCUUCAAUAGCCAUCGGCUAUCCUUGGAUAGAUUCUGCUCUCUUCAUCAUAGGCAUAAUAGUGUCGAAUGUACCAGAAGGUUUAUUAGCGACGGUGACGUUGAGUUUGACGGUAACAGCUAAAAAGAUGGCUCUGAAGAAUUGCUUGGUGAAGAACUUGGAAGCAGUCGAAACUUUGGGCUCCACGAACGUAGUCUGCUCCGAUAAGACAGGAACUUUGACCCAGAACAAAAUGACCGUUUGCCAUUUGUGGUAUAACGGAGAUGUCGUCCAAGCCGAUAUCAGCGAGGACCAAUACGAUGCAAGAAAGUACACGGAAACGCCCGGUUUUGAUAUCCUGAUUAGGUGCGCCACUCUCUGCAAUAGGGCCGAGUUUAUAAACACCAGAACACCUCGGAAAUAUAUUAUGAAAUGGGAAGUUCGAGGCGAUGCGUCCGAGGCUGCUAUACUGAAAUUCAUCGAACUAACCAGAUUAGAAGGUGAUCCCGAUGAGUUUAGAAAGGCGCAUAAGAAACUAAUCGAACUUCCCUUCAAUUCCACUUCAAAAAUUCAACUGAGCAUUCAUGCUUUAGCUAACAAUUGCUUGAUGGUAAUGAAAGGUGCACCGGAGCGGAUUUUAGAGCGCUGCAAAACUAUUUUCAUUAACGACGAUGUUGAGGAGUUGAGCGACGAAUUGCGGCAGACUUGCGAAAAAGCCUGCUUUGAACUUGCAGCUAGAGGUGAAAGAAUUUUGGGAUUUUGCGAUAUGGAAAUGAAAGAUACUUACACCUAUUCGUAUCCAUUCACGAUAGACCCAUUGCCAAAUUUUCCUACGGAAGGUCUUCGCUUUGUUGGAUUCAUAUCGUUAAUUGAUCCUCCAAGACCUGAGGUCCAUAACGCAGUGGAAACGUGUAAGACCGCUGGUAUCAAGGUCAUAAUGGUUACAGGCGAUCAUCCUGUGACAGCUAAAGCUAUAGCUAAGGAAGUCGGGAUAAUCACAACGGACUCAAUUGAAGACGCCGCUUUAUUUUAUAAUGCAGAUCAUGAUGAAACCAAAGAUGCCAUUGUUGUGUCUGGAACGACGUUGAGGGAAUUGCAGCAGGAUGAGCUGGAUGCUAUUUUAUACACUUACAAUGAAAUCGUCUUCGCUCGUACUUCUCCCACGCAGAAGUUGCAGAUCGUCGAAGGGCUUCAGAGACUCAAAAAUAUUGUUGCAGUUACCGGAGAUGGUGUCAAUGAUUCUCCUGCUCUGAAGAAAGCUGACAUAGGUAUAGCCAUGGGUAUAUCCGGUUCGGAGGUGUCGCAGCAAUCUGCCGAUAUGAUUUUGAUGGAUGAUAACUUUGCAUCGAUCAUAACAGGAAUCGAGGAAGGUAGAAAGAUCUUCGACAAUUUGAAGAAAUCGAUAGUUUACGUUCUGGCUUCAAAUAUUGCUGAACUCGCUCCCUGCUUGAUGUUCAUCGUCUGCAACAUUCCUCUACCUUUAGGAAUUUUGGCAAUUCUCUGCAUUGACGUCCUCACAGAUAUGUUGCCUGCAAUUAGUCUGGCUUACGAAAAAGCAGAAAGCGAUAUUAUGAAGAGAACACCUAGGAACCCAAACGUGGAUAAUCUCGUUACAUUCCGAUUAUAUUUCCUAGCCUAUUGUCACAUUGGAGUAUUGGAAGCUUGCGCUGGAUUUUUCGUGUACUUUUUGAUCAUGUAUGAGUAUGGUUUCAAGCCUAAUCGACUUUUUGGUCUAAGGCCAGAAUGGGACACGUAUUAUAUUAACGAUUUAGAGGAUUCUUAUGGACAAGAGUGGAGUUACGAAGAGCGAAAGCAGUUGGAAUAUACGUGCUCCACUGCUUUCAUGAUCGCAGUCGUCGUAUGCCAAUGGGGCGACGUCUUGGCUUGCAAAACUAGAUUGAAUUCAAUUAUGGUUCAAGGUAUGACCAACUGGUUUAUGAACGUGAGCAUCCUCAUCGAAACUUUGUUGGCAAUCUUCCUCACCUACACUCCCUACAUGUCCUAUUUGAAAUUCUACCCAGUUGGGCUACAUUGCUGGUUAUAUGCUCUUCCUUUCUCUGGACUUAUUUUGCUCUUUGACGAGUACAGAAAGUUUUGCAUCAGAAAUUAUCCUCGUGGUUAUUUUUACAGGGAAACAUAUUAUUAA